AAAGGCGGGUCGAAAAUGGAAGCACUCGGGUCGAGAUUGGGCAGGGCGUCCUCCAGGUACGGCCAAACAGCCACCGUCUUCAACGGCCCCGUCCGCAGGUGGAAGAAGAGGUGGGUCCACGUGUCCUCUUCAUCCCCCUCCCUUACUUACCAAAACCCUCACUCCCAAUCCAACAACAGCAGCUCUCGCCUCCUCCUGUGCCGCUGGACCCCAAUCUCUUCCGCUACCUCCCCCGACGAACCCGCCGCGGCUUCGGAUGAGCCCCCUCGCCGGAAGUUCCGCUACACGCCCGUUUCUGUGCUAGAGGAACAGAAAAAGCCAAUUCAGAAAAAGGUUGGAGAUGAGGAGAAAACUAGUGAGACUGAUGAAUCGGUUAGCCCAAGUGAUAAGGUGUAUGGAAAGCCAAAUAUUAAUCAGAUUAUGAAGGAACAAGCUGAGGAGUUGGACGAGGACCAAUCAGGAGUGCUGGAUUCAAACAGAAGCCAUCUGGAUUUAGAUUUGGGCUUGAAAGAUGGUCACGGUGUCAGCCUUGAUUCAAUGAUUCAGAUGAAGAAAGCAAGUUCAGGUAGAUUUUGGUUGGAUUGACGCUUAGCGUUUGUGAAGACAAAAACUAGAGCUGCGUGCAGCGAUCCACUAGCCGGGACUACUUCGAGCCGUGUGAUUUCUAUUUAGUAUGAUACUGCGUGUGAUGUAUGUAACUAAGCCGUAGGAUUAGUUUGUGGGUUCUCUCCUUAUGUAUAUGGUUAGCAAGUAGUGGUACAUGAUCAACAAGCACAUGACGUUUCGAGCAGCUGACUGUUCGUAAAGAUUAGCCGUGUACCAGUUUGCCAUUUCUCUGUAUUGGUGACCACUCCUGUUUAUGA